AUGUUCAUCUGGAAUAACAUGUUCUUUUCAUUGGGCUUCGAUGUAAAAGACCACUACAAAGAAUUAGGGGGUGAGGCUGCCGCAUACGUUGCCACAGUGAGUGAAUUUCAAUUAACUUCCACUGUGCUCAGGCACUCUUAGAUUUUUAAUACCACUGUCCCACCUUACUGCUGCGCCUAAAUAAUUGUAUUCUAAGUCAAAGAAAAACCAACAAAGUCGGCUGUGUCCAACCUCAGGCCCGAAAUGCCUGGGACACUGGCAAAUUAUUCCAAAAAAUCGACAUGCGCGCUCUAAAACACGCAACGUAGUUCAUAUUCAUGCAGCAUUAGCAGCUGAUUUGACAGUCUUAUUCUCAGCGUUUGACUCGUUUGCACUUGCAUACCACAACGGUAUCUAACUGAACCAAUUAUUAAUCUCUUCUGUAGUCAAAUGACCUGAAUGGUGUCCGUGCAUACUCCCUCCUUGACCAGCCGGGUCUGUGCACGCUUGGAACAGCCAUUAUUGACUAUCGUGGCUAUCGGGUCACUGCGCAAACUAUAAUUCCAGGUGAGUUUUUGGAAGCAUUGCCAUCUGUAGUGAGAUCUUUCAGCCAAACUAAAAGACCCAUUUGUAAUCCACAUAUCCAAGCAUCGGAGAUGAUUCAACCAGAUAUCCUUUUUCUACAAUAUUCCGACCAACGUUUUAGAAUAAUUUUGUUGCACCCACCUGGGAGAUGACAGGACUCACACUCGAACUCCUCAUCCGUGACAGCAACGAAUAAGUUCGGUGAAUACACAAGGGACGCAGUUACUACACCAGCACACAAAAUUAGCAGCUUCCUCAUUUAAUGUACGUGAUGGGGCUUGCUGCGAUGGCCAUCUUAUCAUCGUGACCGAGGCGUUUUUUGCCGCAAUUUUUUUGUCGGUGUUGGUGACUGACGCGACCAUUACUCGUCGAUGUGGUCCAUCAAUAUUGUCACUGGAGGCAACAUUCGUCCGCGCGCUUCCCGUGCGACAAUUUACUCUGUUCAGACAGUCUUGGCAUUGAAUUAGGAAAGAAAGCGGCUGACGGCUUCCUGGGCGUUCUUGUCUCACGGAAACGCGCGCCGACAUUCGCAGCCAGUGUAGUUUGGUCUCGUCUGUGCACGCACGGGUUUCACGGGCAGCCGUUCAUUCGGUGAACCCCUCAAAGGUAUUGUCGUCUGCCAACAUUGCCUCCCAGUCCAUCGCAGUGCGGCUUGAUGCGCCGAUAGAGCGCGCUUGCACAGCUAAGCUUUUUGGUUCGCGAAGUGUUUGCUGCUGAGGCUGAGCGCUUGCAUCGUCGGUCGUUUUUCUAAAUACCGGUUUUCGGGCCUUCGCGAUCUUUGUGACUGACAAAGAGAUAAAGGUAGGUCGUCAGGUUGUUUUCUUCCUCCAUCGUGCAUUGGAGGACGUCAUCACCUGAUUCCAUCCGAUGCCAACAAAGGUACCCACUACAUACCCAGCCAAAAAUUUCGGCGCGUGGAUAUGGAAGAGCAUUGAUUCCAACCGUUGCAAGACUCGCUUGUGAACUCAGCGAUCGCCGAACUUAUUCACGUACCUCUCAUACGGUAGUAGUUUAUAUCAUCAAACGAUAGCUAGAUCCUUGUUGCGGACUGGGGCUUCCGGACAGGACAGUCUGCCCUAGAAGGCCAGGUGAUUACUGGAGCAUCGCCAGUUCUGUGCCCAACGGGAAUCUAAUCCCAUAGAAGUGUUGACACGCGAAAUAGCUGUUUGUUACGGAGGUGGCCGAGGGCCGCUGUUGCCUUUGAAUACGUUCGACAAGCAAGAUGUUUUACUGAUAGCUCACUGUCUUAUCUGUGAAAUGCGUAUUCGAACAGAACGAAGGUGGCGAAGUAUGCAGGCUUUAACGAUGUCACUCAUUUAAUGACCUAUUUAGUCGUCUGCGGUCAUUGGAUAAUUACAAACUACCAAUUCGGUGGUAGAACAGCCCAGGGUAAUUAAACGGGACAUGCACAUAAAUGGUAAGGAAGGUUGAUUGGACAUGCGAGUAGGCUAGUUCGAAAGGUGGGAGGGGCCGAUAGGGGAAGGAGUUUUGAUUACAACGGGGACUGGUCAAGUGUGGUAGGGGCUACAUGAGGUGAAACAUUAUCCAAUCACGUUGAAGCUGGGGAGACAAGAAGGAACAGAGUUAUUUCCCUUACUGACUCUUUAAAGGUAGUGUGGCUAAGUCACGUGGUCCAACUGUUUACACAGUUCUGCUUUCUUUCGUAUUGCUGCGGCUUCUGAAUAGCACAGGAGACUCCCAGUCCUCGCCCGAAUUAGGACCUUGGACGAUGCUGUUGUGCGGUUGCAUUCCCUUGGGUCGUGUUUUCUAUUCCUAGCUCAGUUUUGGCAUAUGUAUAACUAACCGAAUUACCAACCACCUUUGCGUGCACUAAGUAUAUUCGAAUCUGCAAUUACAUGUCAAUUCAUAGGUACAGUUUGAUUUUACGUGCAUAGGCAAGGUAUCCUGAAUUGGCCUCAUUAAGAUAGCUGUUGUGGCGUUUAGAAGCGACAAGUUAAAGACGGUGAUGACCGUUCAGUCGUGUGCCAGAGCCAUCACUUCUCACCUUCGCUCCUUCGCCUCCGUACACCUGUGAAUUUUAAUGUGCAGCCAUGUCUUACGUCAACCGGUAAAUCGCCUCGAGUUUUAAUUGUUUACCCUUUCCAUUUCGUAGGGAUUCUCGAAAAGGAGCAGGAACAGCUC